CUCUACGCGAGAUGAAAACACACUGUUUGUUUGUUUCAGAUAUCAGGGUCGUUGCAUUUGUUACUCAUGUCGCACAAUCAACUGUUCGUUAUUAUAUACGUGUGAUUUCAUUUGAUUGCGAGAAAGAUAAUCCUUAUUAGAUACUAAAAAAAUAUUAUUACUUACUCUUCGAUUAACGAUUAAACUCAUUCAAAAGUUGAGUUUUUUAAUAAUAAAGACAACGUUCGUUCAUACGACUGUUUUCAUCGUGGUGCUUAUCUAUCUUCAAUUGCCAAACACAUUUUGGGACUUGUAUCUCAGUUGAGCUGUGACUUUGGAGGCAGAUACUUUUCAAUCUCGUCGCUAUGCCACCUAAUUUUGUAAACACUGGAAAUUCCAUUUUGGAUGACAAAAUCAACGAAUGGUUAAGCUGGAAUAAAGAUACCAAGGCAGAGCAAGAAAUUCAGACUUUGAUUGAUAAUGAUGAUGUCAAGACUUUAUCAAAUUUAUUCCUCAAGAGACUUGAGUUUGGAACCGCUGGGCUUAGAGGAAGAAUGGGGCCAGGAUACAAUCAAAUGAAUGACUUGGUGAUCAUACAAACUGGUCAAGGUCUGGCCAAGUAUUUGUUAAAAAUCAUUCCAGAUGUUGCUGAAAAAGGUAUUAUUCUAGGAUACGACGGUAGAUACAAUAGUAAAAGAUUUGCUGAAUUGACUGCGACAAUUUUUCUCAACCAUAAAAUUAAGGUAUACAUGUACUCCAAGCUCUGUCCCACGCCGUUUAUUCCGUAUGGUGUACUCAAGUAUAAAUGUGCUGCUGGUGUCAUGGUUACUGCAUCGCACAAUCCAAAAGAAGAUAACGGAUACAAAGUUUACUGGGGCAAUGGUUCCCAAAUUAUUUCGCCUCAUGAUAAAGAAAUUCAAAAAAGUAUUUUUGAAAACCUUGAACCACUAAAAUCAUCGUGGGACACAUCUGUCGUUUAUGACAACCCCUUAUUCAAAGAUCCAUUGGCUGAAGUAAUGGUUUCGUACUUUAAUGAUAUAAAGGAAAACGUUUUGUAUCCUGAAGUUACAAGGAGUACUUCACUCAAAUUUGUAUACACACCUGUACAUGGUGUUGGAUAUAACUACAUGACAGAGGCAUUCAAAGUUGCCAAUUUUAAACCCUUUAUAGCUGUGGAAGAACAAAAGGAUCCUGACCCUGAGUUUUCAACUGUCAAGUUCCCCAAUCCUGAAGAGCCAUGCGCAUUGGAAUUGAGUAUCAAAACAGCCGAUGCAAACAAUGCUACAGUCAUCAUUGCUAAUGAUCCUGACGCCGAUAGACUUGCAUGUGCAGAAAAAACUAAAAACGGAGAAUGGCACAUAUAUUCAGGAAAUGAGCUCGGAGCCCUGUUGGGCUGGUGGAUGUUACAUGCAUUCAAAGUCAGACGUCCUGAUGCCAAUAUAGCAGAUGCUUAUAUGCUAGCUUCAACAGUUUCUAGUAAAGUCUUGGCGUCUAUGGCGAAAAAAGAGGGUUUCAAAUUUGAGGAAACUUUAACUGGUUUCAAGUGGAUGGGAAACAAAGCGUCUGAAUUGAUAAAAUUAGGAAAAACUGUUCUAUUUGCUUAUGAAGAGGCCAUAGGGUUUAUGUGUGGUUCUAAGGUGCUGGACAAGGAUGGCGUGAGUGCUGGAAUUUGCGUAGCUGAGAUGACAGCUUACCUCGACACAAUGGGCCUUACGCCGAUGGACAAACUAAAUGAAUUAUAUUGCGAAUACGGCCAUCACAUAAGCGAAAAUUCAUACUGGAUUUGCCACGAGCCAGAGGUAACGAAAAAGAUUUUCAAGCGCUUAAGAAAUUUUGAUGGAAAAGACGAUUCGUAUCCAACCAGCAUUCUCGGAGGAAAGUAUCCUAUCACAAGCGUCAGAGACUUAACUACAGGAUACGACAAUACCAAGCCUGGGAAUAAAGCUAUAUUACCUGUAUCCAAAUCGAGCCAAAUGAUAACGUUCGUGUUUAAAAACGGACUGGUCACUACUCUUAGAAGUAGUGGCACAGAGCCUAAAAUUAAAUACUACAAUGAGCUGUGUGCUUCUCCGGACCAAAAAGAUUUGAAUGAAUUACGAAGUAUUCUGAAUGAGAUGGUGUCUGCUAUCGUUGAAGAAUUUUUACAGCCACAAGAAAAUAAACUGAUACCUCGAAGCGCGUAAUUAAAAGCGACAGAAAGAAACCAAGUGGUAGUUAAUUUUUAUUAACGAUCAUAAAAGCGAUCGUGGCGACAUCGAAACGUUUCAUAAGACUAAUGAAAUAACGAUAUUACAUACAUUUGAAAAUUUUCACUCGAAAUUACAGAGUGUUUACUGAUAUUUUUUUUUUGUCCACAAAAAUGUG